AUACCAUGGCAUUGUCGAUAAAGUUUUCGGAUGUUAGCGGGGAAAAUGUGUCUUUGACCCGAGAGAGGAAUAGUGCUUCGUGGAAACAUCUGUAUUCGGGAGGAAUGGUGUUCAGUCAGCUGCCAUUAAAAACAGGGAAACGAGUAAAGUUAACUGUCCGUGGCUCUUCGAUUGUUCAUGUAGGAUUUUACAACGGAAAUCCCAGUGACGUCACUAAUAUCAAAGAGUUGCAUCUGAACAAAAAGAUAGAUUUAAUCGCACAACUGGACGUGUACAAGAAGAAAUGUUCGGCUCAUCUCGAGAAGACUGUCUCUAGCUUUACAUACAUAUGUGAAGAUAUUCCAUACACAAAGAACAUUUCCCCGGGAACGAACGUAUGGGUAGCUGUAUACAUCCAAUUCGGGGACGCGUGUGUCAGGCUCCAUUCGGAGACGGAGUCAAUGAAACCAAUGCAGUUCCACACAACACAUGGCAAAAACAUAGAGUUCCUUGAUAAUACCAGGACAACUGCAAAAUUACACAUUCAGAAUCCUGCAGCCACUUCGUGUAUUGUACUGAAUCCAACAGAGAAAAAAGCUGUAUCGGUGACUCUAAGGCUGACGCCAUGUAUGUCAGGAAUAAAAAAGUACGGAUUAUUUUUACUUGCAAGUCAUUCAAACGCAAAACUUCUGAGAACGUUUAACGAAUAUAUGUUCAUGACUGAUUCAAAGAUACAACAGCAGCAAAGAUGCACAUCAAUUCAGUCGUUUGAAAGGAAAUCCGGAAAAUUCAAUACAUGCGACGGUGAAUUAACUAUUAAAGUUGAAUAUGGCGGAAAAGUGAAAUAUCAUCAUGAUUCUGCAGGCUCAGGAUCAGCUCAAUUGACUGAAAAACUUUCCCAACCAGGCGGAAUCACUCUCGUCCUUGACAUGCUCAGAGUAACCGUAGACGUCAUAGAUGCAUGCGAAUAUGAUGCUGGCGUUGGGAGUGACGACGAAGAAUGUUCCAGUAUGUCAAGCGUGAAUUCGACAUGUGCUAUUUCAUCAUGCUUGCAACGAUCGCUUCACUCUCCAACAGGAACAACUCCGCUGAUUAGAAAGGAAUUAGCAGAAGGCGUAGUGGAUGAUUCGUCGUCCACAGAAAAGACUGGUUCAUCUACGAGAGGACUAUCACAUGCAUUAUUUACACAACAACACACUAACAGUAAAAAAGAUCCAUCGACUGCGAAAGACAACGAACGAUUGGAUGCUUGGGUCCAGGAAACAACAAGAUUCAACGACCGAUCUGUUAAAAAAACAGAAGAAAAAGUACUGACAGAAGUUCUACCAUUAACGAAACGGAGGCUCGUCUCUCCUUUGGCGGAAUCAGAAGUCCAGCCGAAACGUACCAGGACCCAUAAUGAAAGGAAGACAGAACAAGAGACGCCAUUUUCAUUCAUAUCAUCGACUAAGCAAGUAGAUAAUGUGAAAAUAGCCUCGGAGAGAACUCAGAGGGAUACGUAUUGUGAUCCUAGAUCAACACGCACUGAAAUAGAUGACCUGGAUAAAACAAUCAAAAGGUAUAAUAUGGUUUCUUCAGUGCAAAAGAAUGAAUAUCGGAACACGCAACAACAUUCGAAAGAACAAUCAGAUUUAUCGAUAGUAAAGAUCCCUGAAUUAAAACGCACCUCGCCAGCGAUCGAUCGUCUCGAAUCUAUACGGUCACUAAUGGGAAUUCCGGUCACUCUUUCAAUGAAGACUGUCAGCGAUGAUAUAAAAAGAAGGGCUUUAGUGAGCAGACGGCCAGGUAGAACGAGAGAAUUGCAACAUCAGAUGACGUUCAUUUCAUCAUGCUUGCAACGAUCGCUUCACUCUCCAACAGGAACAACUCCGCUGAUUAGAAAGGAAUUAGCAGAAGGCGUAGUGGAUGAUUCGUCGUCCACAGAAAAGACUGGUUCAUCUACGAGAGGACUAUCACAUGCAUUAUUUACACAACCACACACUGUCAGUAAAAAAGAUCCAUCGACUGCCAAAGACGAACGAUUGGAUGCUUGGGUCCAGCAAGCAACAAGAUUCAACGACCGAUCUGUUAAAAAAACAGAAGAAAAAGUACUGACAGAAGUUCCACCAUUAACGAAACGGAGGUUCGUCUCUCCUUUGGCGGAAUCAGAAGUCCAGCCGAAACGUACCAGGACCCAUAAUGAAAGGAAGGCAGAACAAGGGACGUCAUUUCCAAUCAUACUAUCGUCUGGGCAAGUUAAUAAUGUUAAAUUAGCCUCGGAGAGAACGCAGAGGGAUAUGUGUUGUGAUCCUAUAGCAUCACACACUGAAAUAGAUGACCCGGAUAAAACAAACAACAGUUAUGAUAAUGUUUCUUCAGUACAAAAGAAUGAAUUUCAGAACACGCAACAACAUUCGAAAGAACUAUCAGAUUUAUCGAUAGAAAAGAUCAAAGACUUUAAAUACACCUCGCCAGCGACCGGUCGUCUCGAAUCUAUGCGGUCACAAAUGGGAAUUCGGGUCACUCCUCCAAUGAGGACUGCCAGCGAUGAGGUAGAAAGAAGGGCUUUAGUAAGCAGACAGCAAGGUAGAACGAGACCAAUACAGCAUCAGAUGACGUAUCCAAACUUAUCAACAGCUUCGGACAAUUCAGAGCUUUUCUAUGAUGACUACCGUGUUGCUCUACAGCAGAAAGCUACAACUCAGCAUUAUCUAAAAGAGAAAAUCAAGCAGAAUUAUACCACUCUUGUGAAACAGCUAGUAGUAGUACCGUUGGUCGAUUUUCUUUACGAAGCUGAUAUUUUAGCAGAAGAUGAACACGACCGAUUUCUGUUAAUUCAACAGAGUUUUUCAGCAAAUAGGGAAUUGCUUGGUAAGCUGAGGCAAAAACCAGUUAAUAAAGAUAAAUUUGAAGCAGCGUUACGAGAUGCAAAACUUGACCAUUUGAUCGAAAUGUUUAUAUGAAAUAUUGAGAAAUAUUUGUAUUGAUUACGAUUAUUUUUAUGGUUGUCCUUAUCAAUAAUAACUUAAUAUACCGCUUCAUCACAAUAAUGUAAUAUCAUCGGCACAGGGUAACAGUCUACAUUAACAGCAUUAACAUUAACAGGGUGGUCGGGUAACACACUUGUCUUUCACCUAGGCGGCAGGGGUUCGAUUCUCCGAUCGGACGUGAAAAGGUAUGGAGUCACCUGCCCGACUACGUGGGUUUUCCCUGGGUACUCCGGUUUCCUCCCAGAGUAAGACUUCCAUCCGGGCCAACAAGCGUGAUUAAUAUAAAGAUACAGUUUACAUUUUUUACUUUAACAGCACGCACUCUCGACGAUAUCACGUGUAUAGGACAAGUCCCUCUUUUACAUCUUAGUUCAGUCAAAAAAGCUGUUCCCUGUAUCUCUACUCUCCCUUUUAAAGCACAGGGGAGGUUGAAAGAGAAAGAGUGGCAUGUUCCUUAACAGAAACAGACAGACGGGGCGACCGGCUGUGUUAACUUUGAUAUGUCGGUAAGGAUACAUGUAAUUUAAACAAAGAUUAGCGAAGCAUAGCCGUAAACUGAAUCACAUAGACAAAUAAAGCCAUGGAUAAUUCUGUUUUUCUCGGGAGGUUUUCAGCCUUUUGGAGUUAGGAUAAAAUAACGAAACUGUUUGAAACUUUCCCCGACAUACUUAUUCUUUUAUCCACAAUGCAUUGAAACUACAGUGUAUACUGUCCUGGAACAGCGCUCCGUAUUCGGUGUUCUGCUUUCUGCUUUUGGCACUGCGGUGUGGUUUUGACUCCCUUUAGUGAUCCCCCGACAGUCGCCAGCCGCUGUGCAUGGGGUAAAUUGUAUUUUAUGGUUGUUUUGCGGAUCUGGAAUUAAGCUGAGUACUGACAGGUUGAUUCAGGUAUAGAUCAUUAUGCUUUGUGUCGGGUUAGAUAUGUGCGGCACCAGGAGAGUCUUUUCUAUAUAUAAUUAUGUAACGUGUGGUUAGAUUGCGAAGGACAUUUCGCCCCAGCGUUCGAAUUCAUUAAUGUCGUGUUUAACUUAUGUUAGUUUGCGGUACAGUGCAUUUGGCAUCAUAUGAGUAAAUUAUACCAUCAAUACGGCCGCACUCCGAUGUAAGCUUUUUAUUAAUAUGUUUACGGAAAUGCAUUUAGCAAUAGUUAUACAGCUAUGUACAUAGACUUGAUAAUAUUGUUUGAUUGAUAUGUUGUGAAAGAUUCGCAUUGAAGAUAUUUGGUACACAUAUUGGUAUCUGAAGAUGGCCUCCCUUGUUUGUUAUGGAACGCCAUAGCUGUCUUAUAUGGUACACGUCCGUUAUAUUAUGUGCUUGUAUCAUUAUCUUAUGUGCUUUUCUCAUUAUAUUAGGUGCCUUUGUCAUUAUAUUAUGUGCCUUUGUCAUUAUAUUAUGUGCCUUUCUCAUUAUAUUAGGUGCCUUUGUCAUUAUAUUAUGUGCCUUUGUCAUUAUAUUAUGUGCCUUUCUCAUUAUAUUAGGUGCCUUUGUCAUUAUAUUAUGUGCCUUUCUCAUUUUAUUAUGUGCCUUUGUCAUUAUAUUAUGUACCUUUCUCAUUUUAUUAUGUGCCUUUGUCAUUAUAUUAUGUACUUGUAUCAUUAUAUUAUGUGCCUUUCUCAAAUUAAAAAUGGUAGUUGCUGCUCUUGCUAAGCGCUCAGCAUACUUGG